AUGGCUCCCUGGGUAGCAGUCGUCGAGGCAUGGCUAGUCAAACGACUCCUCGAAAGUCACACCUUCCAUCAGGGUGUCCGCAGAGUCCACAAGGGCGUCCAUCGCCUCCGCCACGGUCCUCUGGAGGGAGAUGAGGGAGGCACCAACAUCGAGAGUGUGUUUCCAUCUCGUAGUCAUUCUCCAACACCAGUCACUUACAACCAGCAGAACAAGGACCAGGCUUUGGAAGUCAUCUUUGGGAAGAGAUUCAGACACAGGCCGGUCUUCGUAAGAAUGAGGCAGACCCGCUGCAGAAGUCCGACCCUUUGCACAAGUCCGAUCCGUUACACACCUCGCAGCACAAGCCCAACGAACCUGCAAAAGAGCGUAAGAGAUGGCCAUUAUCUUGCCGCAUACACAAGCUGA